AUGGCCGGACAGAUUAGUGGACGCUCCGAGGAGCAGCGCGGGGACUCCUGCAACCCCGCGAACCGUGCAGAUGCAUCUACGGCGCCGCAGCCACGGGAGCGUUCGAAUGACGAGGGCGACGAAUAUGGGGCAUUGGCAACGCCAACUGAAUCCUCAGCGUUGCUGGGAAACAUUGACGGCCGAUAUGACGCUGAGAGUGGCGAGCAGAAAAAAGGAAGCGAUUGGGAUGACUUGCCUGCUCAAGGGGACCCCAGCUGGGCAAGAGAGAUCAAGAUGGUCCUGAAAUCCUCGCCGCCUCUCAUCAUCACAUUUUUCCUGCAGUUCUCGAUCAAUGCCACCAGCGUCUUCGCCGUGGGCAAACUUGGCAAGCAGCAGCUAGCCGCAGUCGCCUUGGCGAAUAUGACUGCAGCCAUGACCUGCCUUGCGCCCUUCAUCGGCCUCGCAACCAGCCUCGAUACGUUGUGUGCGCAGGCUUAUGGUGAUGGCCGCAAGCACUUGGUAGGCAUACAGUGCCAGAGAUGCUUUUGGUUUCUGUCCUGCGCAGCUGUACCCGUCUCGAUAUUGUGGUUGUGCUCUGAGAGCAUCCUGGGGCGUAUUGUCGACGCAGAAACGGCCCGUCUUGCCAGCAGCUACCUCAAGGUUAUGAUUUUUUCCAUCCCGGCGUACAUCACUUUCGAGACCGGAAAGCGCAUUCUUCAAGCACAAGGGCUGUUUCGCGAAAUCUCGUACAUCAUCCUCAUCGUUGCGCCGGUGAACAUUUUCAUCAACUGGCUGCUGGUGUGGAAGCUUGAGCUUGGAUUCAUUGGUGCCCCGAUUGGUGUCGUGAUAUCGAGAAAUUUUCUCGCCAUGCUUCUUGUACUCUAUAUCAAAUUCGUCAACGGUUCUCAGUGCUGGGGAGGGUUUGACAAGAAGGCUUUUGUCAACUGGGGCAUCAUGAUCCGCCUUGCCUUGCCGGGAAUGAUCAUGGUGCUGGCGGAAUGGCUUGCGUUUGAGCUCAUCACACUUUUGUCAAGUCGCUUUGGCACGGACUAUCUCGCAGCGCAGAGCGCCAUCUUCACGAUUGUUGCGCUGCUGUAUCAGAUCCCCUUUUCGGUAUCUGUGGCUUCCUCCACCAGAGUUGCCAGCUUGAUAGGCGGUGGCGUCGUGGAUUCGGCGAAAAUAGCAUCUAAAGUGGCUGUCAUUGUUUCGUGCCUCAUCAGCGCGAUGAACAUUGUUCUAUGCGUGACGCUUCGAUGGUACAUACCUUUACUUCUCACAAGCGAUGAGGCAGUCAUCGCCAUCACCGCAACUACCCUACCCGUUGUUGCCAUUGCUGUUUUCUGGGACGGUGUCAGUGCAGGCGCCCACGGCAUCCUCCGUGGCAUCGGCAAGCAGUCGAUCGGCGGGCCGGUGAAUGUAAUUGGUCACUAUUUGAUCGCACUACCCACAUCAUUGACGCUCGCCUUCUACUUCGAUUGGAAAAUCAAAGGCAUGUGGACGGGCAUCACAGGCGGUCUUUUUGUUGUUUCUGUCAUCGAAUAUUACUAUAUCUUAAAGGUCGACUGGCAGAAGGCCGCGUCAGAGGCGAGAGACCGUAAUGCGUCCGGGUAG